AUGAAUGGCACGGAAGGAGAGAACUUCUAUGUGCCCAUGUCCAAUAAGACGGGCAUCGUCAGGAGCCCAUUCGAGUACCCGCAGUACUACCUGGCUGAUCCAUGGAAAUUCUCAGCACUGGCAGCCUACAUGUUCUUCCUCAUUAUAACAGGGUUCCCCGUCAAUUUCCUCACCCUGUAUGUCACCAUCCAGCACAAGAAACUUCGGCAACCCCUUAACUACAUCCUCCUCAACCUGGCAGUCUCUGAUCUCUUCAUGGUUUUUGGUGGAUUCACUACCACCAUCAUCACCUCAAUGAAUGGCUAUUUCAUCUUCGGACCGACCGGUUGUAACUUUGAAGGCUUCUUCGCCACACUUGGAGGUGAAGUCUCUCUCUGGUCACUUGUGGUUCUUGCAAUUGAACGAUAUGUGGUUGUCUGUAAACCCAUGAGCAACUUCCGAUUUGGCAGUCAACAUGCCUUUAUGGGUGUAGCCUUCACGUGGAUCAUGGCAUUGGCAUGUGCCUUCCCCCCACUAGUCGGAUGGUCCAGAUACAUCCCUGAGGGAAUGCAGUGCUCAUGUGGGAUCGAUUACUAUACCCUGAAGCCUGAAGUCAACAAUGAAUCCUUUGUCAUCUACAUGUUCACCGUACAUUUUUCCAUCCCCCUAACUGUUAUCUUCUUUUGCUAUGGCCGCCUCGUCUGCACAGUCAAAGAGGCUGCAGCUCAGCAACAAGAAUCAGAAACCACCCAGAGAGCUGAGCGGGAGGUCACUCGAAUGGUCAUCAUCAUGGUGUUUGCUUUCCUCAUUUGUUGGUUGCCGUAUGCCUCUGUGGCGUUCUACAUCUUCACCAAUCAAGGCAGUGAGUUUGGGCCGGUCUUCAUGACCAUCCCAGCUUUCUUUGCCAAAAGCUCAGCUCUGUACAACCCUCUCAUUUACAUUCUGAUGAACAAACAGUUCCGUAACUGUAUGAUCACCACCCUCUGCUGUGGCAAGAAUCCAUUCGAAGAGGACGAGUCGGCCUCAGCUAGCGCCAGUAAGACUGAGGCUUCUUCAGUUUCGUCCAGUCAGGUCGCGCCUGCGUAA